AUGGGAGGUGGAGACUGGAGCGGUUGGUUACAACGAUGUCGGCAAUCUCGGAGGCUCGUUCUCGUUAUCGUCGCCAUCGCAUUGCUGCUGGAUAACAUGUUGCUGACGACCGUAGUUCCAAUAAUACCGGAAUUUCUUUACGAUAUCAAACAUCCUAAUGCAACAUUAAGUGAUCAUCUGGAAGGAGGCGCAUCUCAUCAAACUACGGUCGUCACCACCACAUCGCCAAUAGCAACAACAACGACAAAAUGUACUUGUGCUCCAAACGUAUCGGCGGCAUCCCCAUUGGAAUUCUUACAUGUUACAACCCCUUCUAUAAAUCUAUCGGAAAUUACUGCAGCCAAUCUCACAUCGUCGGAGACGAAGGAAAAGGAACAGAGACAUCGGGAAUUGUUGGAAGAGACCGUAGCAGUAGGAAUGAUGUUCGCUUCCAAGGCUUUCGUCCAAUUGCUGGCUAACCCCAUAGUUGGGCCAUUGACCCACAAGAUCGGAUACAGCAUACCUAUGUUUACCGGAUUCAUUAUUAUGUUCCUAUCCACGCUGAUUUUUGCUUUCGGUCGAAGCUACGGUAUACUUUUUCUAGCACGAGCUCUUCAGGGUAUCGGUUCAUCAUGUUCUAGCGUUUCCGGUAUGGGUAUGUUAGCGGAGAGAUAUCAAGAUGACAAAGAACGUGGUAACGCGAUGGGUAUCGCACUGGGCGGAUUGGCCCUUGGCGUUCUUAUCGGCCCUCCAUUCGGCGGAGUAAUGUACGAAUUUGUAGGAAAAUCCGCUCCGUUUUUAGUCCUUUCCGCGUUAGCCCUUGGCGAUGGAUUAUUACAGCUUUUGAUGCUCCAACCAUCGGUUGUGUAUACGGAAGCAGAACCACCGUCGUUAAAGUCCCUUAUCACCGAUCCCUAUAUCGUUUUAGCAGCUGGCGCGAUAACGUUCGCAAAUAUGGGCAUCGCUAUGCUGGAACCGAGCCUACCUAUCUGGAUGAUGGAUACGAUGGGUGCAAGUCGCUGGAAACAAGGGGCCACGUUUUUACCUGCGAGCAUCAGUUACCUGAUCGGAACAAAUCUUUUCGGACCGCUCGGACACAAAAUGGGCAGAUGGCUAGCUUCCUUGAUUGGACUCGUCGUUAUCGGUAUCUGCUUGAUGUGCAUUCCGCUAGCAAAAAGUAUCGAUCACUUGAUCGUGCCGAACGCGGGGCUGGGAUUCGCGAUCGGCAUGGUGGACAGUUCGAUGAUGCCCGAAUUGGGAUAUCUGGUUGAUAUAAGGCACACCGCUGUUUACGGGAGCGUUUACGCCAUCGGUGACGUAGCUUUCUGUCUCGGUUUUGCAAUAGGUCCAGCAUUAAGCGGAACUUUGGUCAACAGUAUCGGUUUCGAGUGGAUGCUUUUCGGCAUAGCUAUAUUAAAUUUCAUUUACGCCCCUCUCAUGUAUUUCCUAAGGGCGCCGCCAACCAAGGAAGAGAAAAAGUCGUUAAUAAUUGGCGAAAAAUCAUCUGUGCGUUAUGUCACCUACCAGAAUGAGGAAGAGGACCAGUAAAAUAAUAAUUCUAAGUAUUCUCGGUAUAAUCCAUUAUUUCACUUAGAAUGCAUGUUCUC